CAAGCGAAAUGAAAAUGGCGGUGUUUCCUUAAGCGGAAUUGCUUCGAGGACAACACACACUUCCAUUUUCACCCUUUACAGUCUGUACAAAUCACCUACAAAAACUAAAUAAUCAAUUGUGAAGUUACUAAUGGGGAUAAUCGUGAAAAAAAGUGAAUUCAAGUGAUAAAUAUAACUCGUGGUGAUUGAUAAACGAGAGUUUUGGUGUGAAGUUGUGUUUUUUUGUCGCGGGCGCCGACGAGUGCUGGUCAACCGACUCCUCCGGGCUAUUUUGUGUAUUGUACUGAGUGAAAAAUUUAUCAGUGUGCUAUACACUUCUAUUGUUUAUUGUGUGUGUGAUUUUUCUACUAAUGAAUUUCAAGAGGUUAAGAACGAACGCAGAAACUUUUUGGGAUUUCUAGAUUCAGCAACUUUUUUACUACUGUAUAUAUAAUAAUAAUAAUAGACCAAUUUAUCGGCGAGUACUCUGGCCUUCAGGAGGCUGGUGGAACCAUGGCUAAGUUUCAUUUGUUCAACGUGACUAGAAAUAUAUAAUGGAGUGUGAUACAACAAAAUAUUAAAUCUCCAUGCCAAUACUACGGAGUAGCUGAGUUUUUGUGAGCUACUGAAGUUUACACAUUUGAUGCACGCGUUACAAACUCAUUCAAUAGUUUGUUUCAUUAAUUAAUCACCUGCAACAUCGGUGCAACAUUAAGUUACCCAGAAUAAUUGAAAUAGCACGGCAUUAAAAUUGACAAAGGGAGCGAAAAGAACAUAAAGACAGAAAGAGAAAGAGAGAGAGAGAGAUAGAUCGCCAGCGAUAAAAGUGUUGGGCUGACUGGGUGGUGAAGGUGGUGGGGGAUACAUCCCAUGCCGAUGCCGGCGGAAUACCACGAGAGCCACGGGAACCACGAAAGUACAAAUUUCGGGCUCGCGGCCACUGCUGCUGCACAGGACGCCAGCAACAUGACGGCCAACAUGUACCGAGUGGGAGAUUAUGUGUACUUCGAGACAUCAUCCACGUCUCCUUAUCAAAUACGAAGGAUAGAAGAAUUAAAUAAAACGGCGAGUGGUAAUGUUGAGGCAAAAGUAAUGUGUUUCUUCAGGCGAAGGGAUUUACCGCAGACUUUGAUUAUGCUAGCUGAUAAACAUCAGUUGGCAAGCGUGGAGCAGCAGAGGUCAGAAUCUCCUGCAAGCACGCAGAGUCAGAAAAUCGAGAAUCAAGAUUCGACUAAGGAAAUGACUAGUAAAGAUGGGAUUGGUCCGAAAGUGAUGAGCAAAGGGGCUGGGAAAGGUGGAUGGCUCAAAGCCCCACUAUCAGAGGCCCACGAGCCCCAUGGGAUGGAGGAAAGUGUCGUAGGUGCUGGUGGAGUGUCCGAACUAAGUACAAAGCAACGGCAUCAGAUGAAACACAGAGAGCUUUUUCUGUCUCGUCAAGUUGAAACUAUGCCUGCCACUCACAUCAGAGGAAAAUGCUGUGUUACUCUACUCAAUGAGACAGAGUCACUCCUCAGUUAUUUGAACAAAGACGAUUCGUUCUUCUAUUGUCUUGUUUUUGAUCCUGCUCAGCGUACACUACUUGCUGAUAAAGGUGAAAUCCGCGUAGGCAGUAGAUAUCAAGCCGAUGGUAUCGCACCAUUCCCUCUAACCCAGUGCGAACGCGAGGCCGAUCCUCGUCGCCUCCAAGACUUGGAAACACUUAUUUGGACACCUCGACACUCCCUGACUGAUCGUCAGAUUGACCAAUUUCUAGUCGUCUCCAGAUCAGUUGGCACAUUUGCACGUGCCUUGGACUGUUCCUCGUCAGUGAAACAGCCUUCCCUCCAUAUGUCGGCAGCGGCAGCCUCCAGAGACAUCACCUUGUUUCACGCAAUGGACACACUUCAUCGACAUGGCUACGAUCUUGCCAAAGCUAUGUCCUCUUUGGUUCCACUCUCUGGUCCAGUCCUCUGCCGAGACGAAAUGGAGGAAUGGAGUGCUUCAGAAGCAAAUCUCUUUGAGGAAGCUCUCGACAAAUAUGGCAAAGACUUCUCAGACAUUCGUCGGGAUUUCCUUCCCUGGAAAACAUUAAAAAAUGUUAUUGAGUACUAUUAUAUGUGGAAAACGACUGAUCGUUAUGUGCAGCAAAAGCGAGUGAAAGCAGUUGAAGCUGAGAGCAAAUUGAAGCAAGUUUACAUCCCGAAUUACAAUAAGACACCUCCAGCUGCUCCCACAGGUGGAGCAACAAUAAUACCUUUAGGUAACAACAAUACUAACGGAAAAGGCGUUAGCAUCUUAAAUGGCAGCAGUAAUGGCAACAUCACUGACACAAGCGGAAUGUUAAUGGUUGGAGUUAAUGGUAAGCCUUGUGAGAGCUGUCAGUGUAGUCAAAGUUCUCAGUGGUACUCCUGGGGUCCAUCACACAUGCAGUGUAGACUCUGUCAAUCUUGCUGGACUUACUGGAAAAAAUAUGGAGGACUCAAAGUACCUUCGAGAAUCGAUGAUUCAGAUUCAGAACGUAAAAGAAGUGGAGGAGGCUCUGAUGAGGAAAGUAAAGGAAUGAGUGGAGCUCAUAGGCCUCAUCGUUGUUCGAUUCCCUCUUGUGGAAAAGAAUUCAAAUUAAAGGCUCAUCUCAGUCGUCAUUAUGCAUCUGCUCAUGGGGUAGAUUUACGAGGAAGUGGAGCUAGUGGUGGAGGAAGUGGAUCACCUAGGCCCGUUAUGAAGACAAGAUCAGCUUUUUAUCUUCGUACGUCUGCAUUAGCUAAAGCUGCCAGACGUCUUUGUGCUGUACAACUCAGAACUCGGCAUGCUGCAAGAGCUCCCCAUCAACCAGUUAACGCAGCACCAUUGAGACAUCUCUGUGCAUCACCACAAUUAACGAGUAAAAGUUCAGCUGAGCUGAGGAUUUUGGCGAAAGCAGUGAGACCGAGGCCACGUCCCAGAGUUACAGAUAUUGCGACGAGGUUGGGUGAUCAUCCAGUGCCCCGGCAACCUGGCGAGUGGGAUUGGCUGGUGCUUACUGCCCCGGGAAUGAGAAAGCAGCCGGAUGUAGUGGCGUUCCCGAAACCCCUCAAAGCUGCAGAUGGUAGUUUGUUAUACGACAGAGUGCCAAAUAAGCCAGAGGUAGACAGAUUGCCACCAACUCCACCACAGCCUCAGCCGCUACCAGUAGUCCAGCCCCAACAAACGAUAUUAAAGCGGCCAAGGCCGCCAUUGGAAGAAAUCAAUGGAUCAGAUGGCAUUGCUCUGAAUGCGGGGCUUCAAGGUCCACCAGCAAAACGCGCCCAUCAUUCGCAACAGUUACAUCCAAAACACACGAUGGAACACGCAUCACCAACAACUGUGCCCCUAGCACCACCACUGAAUGGUAGAGCGGUACAUCCUCAUUCAUUUCCUCAUGGGGUACCAAUGUCCAGAAGCAAUGCACGUAAACAGGUCAUUUCGUGGAUGGAUGCACCCGACGACGUUUAUUUCCGUGCUUCAGAUCAGGCAAAGAGACUGCGGAGGACCUUAUCCUCGAUAGAAUUGAGAAGAGCAGCCCGCAAACCCUGGCGUAGAUUGCCCGUACCGGUUAUGCAUCCACUUCCCCAACAACGAGCUCCGGCCUCUCGUGUAGAAGAUCCACGAAUGGUCGUAAUUCUCGACUGAACUGACUGUAAAAAUAAACGAGACAUUACAUUUGAAUGUUAUGUGUUCCCCCACUAUCAACGAAAAGAAAUUUAGAGUGAAAAAGGCAAGCCCUCUCCUGUUAGGUGUGGACUCAUUUUUACAAAAAGAAGAAAAAAAAAUCAACUUGAAAUAACUUCAGAAUUUUUCAAUUUGAAGUUGAACAUAAAUUGCGAAAAAGUUUAUCACCAACAACAGAGACGAUAAUCCACAACAAAUAUUUUUUUUCUUUUCAUGUCAAACUGAGAAGUUUUUACUUCGAAUAAUGGAACACAAAUGAAUAUUAAAAUCGUGGUUCAGAGAGCCAUGAAUCUGAAGUGUUUGAAAAUCUACCUGAAGUCAUCGGAGGAGGAAAACAUUCUCCAGAUAUGAAAAUAAUGAGAAAUUAAUGAUAAAGUAAAAGAUUUCACUGGCGUUGUGUGUGAGGGUACCUGCGUUUUUGCAUGGUGUGUCACUUCAUUGAAGGAACGGGAUCUGGAUGAUAAUGAUAAUAACAAAUGGAAAACAAUUUUAAAGCAUCCCGCAACUGACAUUGGAAGGAACAUUAGAAAAAAAAUGAAUCAAGUCGCCGUGAAAUCAUGAUUUCCUGUCGGUAUUAAUUAAUUAUUGUUGUUAUUAAUAAUAAUAAUUAUUAUUAACUGAAUGUACAUAAAAACUAUAACAUAAUAUACAAUCACAAACACGAGGUAUACACGUAGAAAAUCCACAAUUAAAUGAUUUGAAGUAAAAUUUACAAAAAUUGAAUUGUGAAAAUGCAAGAUUCGUAUAUAAAAUUGAUUAUAAUUGCAUUGUCCGAUAAAGAACGGAAAAUCGAGAUUGAGGACAGAAUUAAUGAAUAAAAAUGUGCUCAUGUGUGUAUUAGCCACGAUACAAAAAAUGUUAGAGAGUGAACAUGUGAGUGAGAAAGAAAAAAAAACAAUUAAAAUGCUACGAAAUGCGAAUUUCCGUUGUUUCUAUCCUUGGCGCAAGGCGUGAUUCGUGGCUACUGCGUGCCACUUUCCCUUCUUCCCUUCAAUCCUCCCUGUAAGGACAGAAUGUGUGAAAUAAUUGUCUGAGAUAAAUCAGUGAAUGAAGGAAUGAAAAAAUGAUUAAAAUUACCAAGAACGAACGAUAAUUUCGAGGGAAUAAGAAUGCUCACUGUGAAUAUUUUUAUUAAAUUUUCAAGUUUGAUGACUUUCGUCGCAAUUAAUAAAUAAAUAUACGCAUUGCUCGGA